AGAACAAACACAUUCGUCCAAACCGAGCUGUGCAGCGAUGGCUACGGCGACGGUGACCAUUGAGAAAAUCACCGGGGAGUCAUAUCAGUGUGCUGUAGAUGUGGGCGACAUUGUUCAAAUCUUCAAGUCCAAGAUCGCCGAUCAGGUUCAAAUUCCGGCAAUGUGUCAAAGACUCACACUCAUGGAUCAAGAUGAAGGUCGCGUCGCGCAGCUGCGCGAGCUUUCCAAGGAGUUUGUGGGAAAGAACUUGGCUCGUCUCCUGGAGAAGGUGAAGCGACCGGACAUCCAGGAGAUCAAGGCGUUUAUGAAUCCGCCACGGCUCUGCAGGGCAUGCCUUCAAGUCGUGCUGUACCUCAUGGUGGGCAGCCCCAUGUUACGAGAGCGAGGUAUCCGCUUGGAGCGCAAGGGGACGUUGCCCGCACGGACCGAGUGGGACCAGUGCGUGCGGAUGAUGGCGAACCCUGACCUCUUCAUUGCAGCCUUGCAGAACUGGGCCUCGGACGUCUUCACGGGCGACGUGAGUGAGGAGCAAGUCGCCGCAGCGGAAAGCUGCAUCCAGCAGUUAGGCCAAGACUUCUCUGAGAGGAUGAUGAUGCGAAUGAGCGCUUUGUGCGGCGUCUUAGUGGUGUGGGUGUCACAGGCGCUGAAGUUCUAUCGCCAGGACUACCCACGAUUCAUCUCGAGCGCACCUGCCAGCUAUGUAGAGAUGGAGGAUUUGGCGCCGGCCUCCGUCUACUUCGAGGACCUCUCAGUUUCCUACAAGGUCUCGGUGGUGUCUGACUUGGAACCCGUUUGGGCGGUCUUGGCGAACAGCUUCCCGCCGCCCGAAGCCAUCGAUGCCUUGGGCGUGCUCGGCAGCAAAUGUGCUGAACGGGCUGUGCCAGUCCUUGCCAAGUUCCUGGACAGAGACAAGGAGGAGUUCCGUCAAAGAGCUGCCGAAGCGCUCCGACAAGCCUUUGUUUCAGCGGACGAGGUGAUGCGAAAGUCCGCCUGUGAGCUGCUGCUGGAGGCGUUGGAACCCUUUGGCCGUCAAGAUGGACGUGGGCCUCCCCGCCAAGAGGCCUUGCAGGCUUUGGCCUCUUUGGGGCCUGAGAAUCUACAAGUGCUGGAGAGGAUCAUCUCUGCCUUGAACACCAGUUUUCGGCCAGGCGACCGCGGGGAGGCGCUGGAGCAUUUCAAGCGCUUGGAGUCCAACUUCGAGGCGAAUGAAGUGAUGGAGCGCCUGGAAGGCGCGAUGUUCCCCGUGCACGAACACGUCCGAAGCCUAGGAGCCCUCUUGGAGGCCUUUGCCGUUUGCAGCCGCCGAAAUUACAUCAGUGCCCUCCGAUGCCUCCUUCGCCACCUCGAGCCGAAGGACCUCGCACUCAGCGCGGCCGCGGCCGGCGCGGCCAAGCGGGCGCAGAAGGGCGAAGAGGGCGCGGUGGACGGCGUGGCGGAGACGGAAGUGAAGCUGGUGGCCGCUUUGAAGGCCGCCUUGCAGCUGAAGGGUCCCCACGUGGCGCUCGUCGCGCGGCACCUACCAACGCUGGAGCCCGCCAGUUACAGCGAAGCCGUCGCGGCGUUGUGUCAACAGCUCCAGCGCAACGUCGACCACCAGGAUGCGAUUGAAAGCCUAUGUGUGGCGAAGGUGGGCGAUGAGGACGUGAUUCGUGCGCUGUCGAGUUUCUUGCAGAAGGGCAGAGCAGUGUUGCGGAAGGAGGGCCACAGCCGGUUGAAAGCGGCUUGGGAGGAGCUGAAGCGUGUGACCGUUGACACGGAGGUCCUUGGCCGCGCUUCUGCAGAUGUGAUGUUUGCACUCUGCAGCCGGCUGGCCGAGACGGGGGAGAGGGUGAGCUGCGGGAAGGACCUGGUUGCCAUGGCUGCGGAUGGCGUGGAAGAGCGCGCGUUUGCAGCUUUGGCUCACGGUUUCUGCCUCUCGUUGCCAGAGCAGCGCAAGAGCUGCAUGAACAUCUACAAGCGCAUGGCCACUGCACGAAAAGGAGACGAAGACCAGAGGGCGAGGGCCAUUCAGGUGCUCUUGAAGGUCGCGGUAGAUGAGGACAGUUUCCAGUGGACCAAGGUGAGUGCCUUGACCGUGUUGGGGGACUUGCAGAAGGAGGACCUCCAGGAGGAGGUGGUGGCUGGGCUGUUGAAGCUUUCGGAGUUGACCGACGUGGCGCUGCGCUGUGCGGCCGUGCGAUGUUUGAGGCCACGGUCUGAGGCGCAGGUCUUGGCGCUGGAGAAAGCGCUCCAGGACACCGAUGUGUCGGUACGCUUGGCUGCCUUGCAGUCUUUGGGGCAGGACAACAGCUUUCGGGAGGUCUAUUUUCGUUGUCUCCAGGACGAGGCGUCUGAGGUGGUGCAAAAGGCCUUGGAACCCAUGGAGAAUGCGCCAAAUGCCGAGGAGCUUGGCCGACACCUACUCCCCCUGCUUCACCAUGGCGAUUGGCAAGUCCGUGCGGCCGUGGCGCGGCAGUUGGGCAGCCUGGGCGUGGCGUCAGCGUCAGUGCGGGCUGAGGCAUUGCGUGCCCUCGAAGCAAAUGAUUUGUGGAAAGAGAUGCAUCCAGAAGUGUUGAAGUCUCGUGAGAAAGCCCGACAACAGCUGCAAUAGCGAACAGGGCGCAUAGUCUCGGAUGAACCAAUCCUACCGACCUUUGAAGCGAUGCGUGCGAUGCGCGCGACGCAACAUAUGUUGCACCCGGGGCUACUCAAGACGAGGUCCCAGGUGUUUGUUCAGUCAUCAAAGAUGUUGGAGCCAAA